AUGGACGGGCUGGGCAGCAGCUGCCCGGCCAGCCACUGCCGCGACCUGCUUCCACACCCCGUGCUGGGCCGCCCGCCGGCGCCCCUGGGCGCCCCACAGGGCGCCGUCUACACGGACAUCCCGGCCCCGGAGGCGGCGCGCCAGUGCGCCCCACCGCCGGCGCCCCCCACCUCGUCCAGCGCCACCCUGGGCUACGGCUACCCGUUCGGUGGCAGCUACUACGGCUGCCGUCUGUCGCACAACGUGAACCUGCAGCAAAAGCCUUGCGCCUACCACCCGGGCGAUAAAUACCCGGAGCCGUCGGGCGCCCUGCCCGGUGAUGACCUGUCCUCCAGGGCCAAGGAGUUCGCCUUCUACCCCAGCUUCGCCAGCUCCUACCAGGCGAUGCCCGGCUACCUGGACGUGUCGGUGGUGCCUGGGAUCAGCGGGCACCCGGAGCCGCGUCACGACGCGCUCAUCCCCGUCGAAGGCUACCAGCAUUGGGCUCUCUCCAACAGCUGGGACAGUCAGGUGUAUUGCUCCAAGGAGCAGUCGCAGUCCUCCGCUCACCUCUGGAAGUCUCCCUUUCCAGACGUGGUUCCCCUGCAGCCCGAGGUGAGCAGCUACCGGCGCGGGCGCAAGAAACGCGUGCCCUACACCAAGGUGCAGCUGAAGGAGCUAGAGAAGGAGUACGCCGCCAGCAAGUUCAUCACCAAAGAGAAGCGCCGGCGUAUCUCUGCCACCACCAACCUCUCCGAGCGCCAGGUCACCAUCUGGUUCCAGAACCGACGGGUCAAAGAGAAGAAGGUGGUCAGCAAAUCGAAAGCGCCUCAUCUCCACUCGACCUGACCGCCCAACCGGCCACCCGCCCCGUCUAUUUAUGUCGCCGCUUUGUACCAUUACCGAGCCCAACGAAGGACGCUUCGCCGGUGCAGACGGAUAUUUAAUGUUAACAGGAAAGAGUGACUGCGCCGAGGGAGGCAGAGAGGAUCAGAGGGCGCGCUCGGCAGCCCCCUACUCCCCACCCCAUCCUCAACCCCCAGCCCCACGCAGAUGGGACCCACCAGGCCUCAGGAGCUUUGGCGGUGGGUCUGGGUGGGCUGUGGGAGGAAGGCUGACAGCCUCCACUCCCCUUCGCCCUCAUCCCUCGCCUUGCCAGAAAGCCGAGCGGUAGGGGGCGAAGAGCCCGAUCACUCCAACCAAAGCAGGGUUGGGAAACCCCGAAUGACCCCACACUUGCCUCAUCCUUUGCCCAGGCAGGUUGAUGACCCACCUGAGGGUGGGGCCCCGGGGCAGGACCUGGCGAGCUCUCACCAUCCUUCCAGUUCCUCCUCCUGUUCCCUGUCCCUCCCGCACUCCUUAGUUAGGCAAGACUUCCCAGUUAAGAUUUUCUGUGCAUAUUUUAAAAGUUGCAUUAAUAUUAAUGAUAAUUGUUAGGGAUCUGGCAUCGUGAUUGGAGUACAGACAGCGCAUAGGUGUUCUUUCCUUCCUGUUUCAACAAAAACUGGAAUUGGUGGAGGAGCUGCCUACCCCCACCUCAACCCGGAAACUGAAUUUCUCUGGAGCCAACUUUGCCCCACUGCCUCCUCUCUGCUGCUCUCUCAAUGUGCAGAAAUCCAAGAAGGAUGGAAACUCCAACCACGCUGCUAAAUCUCUCUCCCUCUCUCUCUCCCAUUCUCUCUCCUCCCCACCUCCUUCCCUCUC